CUGGUAGCUGCCGGGCUUCCCUUUGUGGCGGAGCCGCCGGGCCGGGCGCUGCCACUUGGUGCCGGCUCCACGGGGCAGUUGCAGCCUCGGCCGCUGCACGCUGAGGGUUGUGCAAGGCCAGGCUCCUCCUGCCCGUGUUAGCCAGCCCAGCGCACUUUUAUGUCGCAAGGGGGGCCCUCGCUGGGCCCGCUGCUGGUGCUUUCAGCCCCGCGUUUACCCCCGGGGUGCUGGGGCUGCCCGCCUGAGGGGUGCUGCUCUCCAGCCGCGCCUCAUGGCGGGGCCCCGCCUGGUCGGGGCGGGGACGGCACCAGCCCGGCCCCCUCCUUCCCUCCCUGCCUCUUUCCCUGCCUCUUUCCCUGCCUCCCUCCCAGCCUCGGCCGGGGACGGAGCCGCCGCCGCCCUCUCCUCAGGUAUGGACGCGAAGAAAUGCAGUGUGUGGAUGUUUUUGCCUCUUGUGUUUACCCUGUUUACGUCAGCUGGAUUAUGGAUAGUGUACUUUAUAGCAGUGGAAGAUAACAAAAUUAUUGCACUAAAUGUACCAGAGAGGAAGCCUGGUUCCAAAAGACCACCUUAUAUAAGUAUUGCAGGUGACGCUCCUCCUGCAAGCUGCGUGUUUAGCCAAGUCAUGAACAUGGCAGCAUUUCUAGCACUUGUCGUCGCUGUCCUGCGCUUCAUUCAGCUGAAGCCGAAGGUGCUGAACCCGUGGCUGAACGUCAGCGGCCUGGUGGCGUUGUGCUUGGCCUCGUUUGGGAUGACCUUACUCGGCAACUUUCAGCUUUCAAACGAUGAGGAGAUCCACAACGUGGGUACAUCGCUGACCUUUGGCUUUGGGACUCUGGCGUGCUGGAUCCAGUCUGCCCUCACCCUCAAGAUCAACCUGAAGAACGAGGGACGGAAAGUGGGGAUCCCACGGGUCGCCCUGUCAGCCAGCAUCACCCUCUGCGUGGUGCUCUAUUUCAUCCUGAUGGCUCAGGGCAUCCACAUGCACGCUGCCAGGAUCCAGUGGGGCCUGGUGAUGUGCUUCCUGUGCUACUUCGGCACGUUUGCGGUGGAGUUCAGGCACUACAGAUUCGAGAUCGUUUGCUCUGAGUACCAGGAAAACUUUCUGAGCUUUUCUGAAAGCUUGUCGGAAGCCUCUGAGUACCAGACAGAUCAGGUGUAGCCUGUCCUCUGGCAGGGGGGAGGGAGGCAGGCGUGGUCCCAUGGUUCGACAUGACCUCAUUUACACUUGUUUUGAUGAGUUUGUUUUCCACGUGCAAUCAUGAUCGUAUUGCCAAAGGGCUCUGAGAGUGGCUGUCUCAUUAAGAGCCACACAAAAGCAGCUGCCUGCUGGAAGAGGGUUCUUUCUGAACCGCGGUGCCAGAGAGCACGAGGUGUUUGAUUAGUGCUACCAGGGACUUUGUCAGCAACUCUGUCGCACUCUUGAUGCUGAAGAUGUUCAACGGCCAGUCCUCACAAUGCCCCUCCGAGGUAGGCACAGCUCCUGGAAAGGAGAUGAAGGAAACAAACCUCUCUGGGCGCAGAGUCCUCAGAUGUCACUGGUUCCUGAGUCACUGGGCUGCACCUUUCAUGUCUUACUGCGUUGUUUUCUUGGCUGCUGAGCUGACAGGCGUAACCUGGUAGCGUAAGAACAGCGGCCGUUUCUUCUGGACUGGGAAUCUGACCCAAAGGGACCGGCACUUAUGGCGAGCAGGUGGGGCCUUUCUUCCAUCCUGGAAAGCAGCGGAAGGCACAGCAGGGUUGGGGAGACACCACGCUGCGACCAGGCCUGCCUGGCAGCAGGGAGGACUGCGGUGCCCAGGCCCGAGGAGGGUGCACACGGGAGCGCUAUGCGAGGUGUGGUGUUGCGGACACCACAGUGGGGACUGACGGAAACAAGGUGCUGAAGGAAGAUGGGAAUGGCUGUAUGCUCUAAAGAUGACCCGGAAGAGGCUGCUCUUUUAAGUGUUUAGUGUAUCCACUACAUAUCGUGUAAUAUUUUAAAAGCUUUUUUUUUUUUUAGUUGUUCGCAGAGGGGUAAAAGCCUGCAGUGAAAAUGGAAUCAUUGCAGGUGGAUUUUAUGGGGCAGAGGGUGGCUGGUUGGUGGUGGUUUUUUUUUUUUUUUUUUUUUUUUCCUCAUGGACUUAGAAGUCAAACUUCAGACACGCUUCAGCCCUGCGUGGGAUCCAAACCUCUCCAUGUGGCCAGUUUUCCUGAGAGGACUUGCAAGGUACUUGGGGGCAGUGCUGCCCUGGAGGCUGGGGGCCUCGGCCUGGGGAUGGCAGGCGCUGGAUGGAACCCGCACAACUACGCGAGCUUCUCCCUCCUUGGGGACAUGGAAUUAACUGGACCUUUUCUCAGAGCUGAGUCACCAAAAGCAAGAGUAGCUUUGCUGUGCCCUCCAGGUGGAGCUUGAAUUCAAAGGCUGAUGGGAAUAUAACAAGAAGAAACUUCCUACAGCCAAGAUGGUCUGUGGGCAAAGAGAAAGCAGGAGCCCAAAGCCUGUAUCUGAAAACCUCUGAGCAUGGGAAGGCUGCUGGAUUGGCCAGGCAGGGGAUGGAUGGGAGACAUUUUCCAUUUUCCUCAGGCUCUCCUGUCUGAGCUGACACGGGGCAUCUCACUGCCCCUGCAGGAAAAGAAGCAGGAAUGAAAAUGGUGGCAGGAAGCGUUUGAAGGGCAACUCUUACCGUACCAUGGCAUUUCUGACAGAAACGGAAAGGGCACGAGGGCGUACAGUGCUCUGCAAAGGUCAGGGGCCAAUCCAGCAAGGAGAAAUGGUCAAGAAAAACUUCUGUCUAAACCAGCAUAAAGGGAGAGUUCAGCCAGCCCCCUCCUUGAUCCUUCUUGGGCCAAAAGCCACAUUCAGGGAGGGAGGUGCUGAGGCUGCGUGUCGUCCCCCGACACACUGGAUGCAGAGGGAGCACAGAGCAGUGCUUUAAGUGUGUUUUACUGUAAAUAGUCCACUGUAGGUUUUUUUUUUCCUAAAUCAAUUACUACUUUCAGUUUAUCAUUUUAUAUUUUGUAAUAAUUUUAACAAAGAAAACAUGAGAUGAUGUUUGUGAUUUGUUUUUCCUUUUCCUAUAUGCAAUCCAAACUGAACUUCAGGUUUUUGGUGAUAACUCUGUACAUUUCUUACAGUAUUUCUAAAAGCACAUUUCAGUAUAACUAAAUGACAACCGAUAUACACUGAAACAUGACCACUCAGUAAAGUGCUUUUAUGGAGAAAGAGAGUUUUAUUUUUGUCCCCUAUCCCAUGCAUAGCUUUAUGAGGGCAAAGGCAAAACAGAAGGCGUUUACACCGUCAUGAUGCAAAUUAACACUAUACAAAGCCAGGGACUGACUACUCAGCCAUGCAGGCACACUGAUUGUAACGGUGCUAAUUAGCAGGCUCUUUCUAAGAGGAAGAUCACGCAGCCCAGCGAGGCAGUCGGACUAGCUGCCUCACAGCUGCCACCGAGAGUUUCGGAAGGGCAGUGCUGGGAUGAGGUGGUUCCCUCCCCCAGCGCUUUUCUCUUGCUCAUUCUCCCUGCCGCAGCCUCAGCAGGGCCAGCUGUGGAUGCGCAGCAGGGCUCGGGGAGGCGGCACGCACAUGCUGCUGGUCUGCUCUGGCCAUUUGGUUGCCAGAGCCAUGAGGGCAAUCUCCAGCGCAGCCGCACAGACACGAGUAAGCAGCAAGCGAUGCCCGUGCACCAGGUGCCAGCAGCAAGGUGUCAGACUGCCUCUGCCCUGGCAUGGUUUAACCUCACUGUGGCUCUCUCCAAGUCGCUGCUGAAAUCACGAGCUGGGCAGGGAGGUAAUGCUGCUUCCUCUGCAGGACAGGCUUGUCCGCCACCACAAAAUGGACCAGGGACGGCGAAAGCAGAAAAAAACCCAAAGUGUU